GCUUAACGUGGAUGUUCUCUCGCGUGGUCGUGUCGAGAGGAACGAAGCUUCCACCGUAAUUUCCGUGGUUCCCGAAGGAUCGUUCGUGUCUCAUUGAUGACGCUGGAUCACCGGAUACAGGAUACACUCUAAAGGCAGUCGAAAUAUUCGAUACUGUGUUCGCGCGUGGCGCGAGUCCAAAAUGCCUGAAAACGGGAUGCAGAUGACGGAGGUGAACGUGGAAAAUGCAACCUUCACGCCUCCGGAUACGAAAACUCCUGGCGGCCACAGGAACACGGAUCUCACUUAUGGCAUCGACGACGUUCCACCGUGGUACCUCUGUUUAUUCAUGGCUUUACAGCACUAUUUGACCAUGAUAGGCGCGAUCGUCUCCAUUCCUUUCAUCCUAACGCCAGCACUGUGCAUGGCCGAGGAUGAUCCAUCCAGGAGCUACAUAAUCUCCACUAUGAUCUUCGUCACAGGACUCGUCACCUUCUUUCAGACCACAGUAGGAUGCAGAUUGCCACUGGUUCAAGGAGGAACUAUAUCAUUUUUGGUCCCAACAUUGGCGAUAUUAAGUUUGCCACAAUGGAAGUGUCCAGCGCCGGAAGUUAUGAACGAAAUGUCUCCGGAGAAUCGCACGGAACUGUGGCAAGUCAGGAUGAGGGAACUUUCAGGAGCCAUCGCUGUGUCUGCUUUGUUCCAAGUGGUUAUUGGAUUCGGGGGUAUCAUUGGAUAUUUGCUGAAAUAUAUCACACCGUUAACUAUAGUGCCAACUGUCUCGCUUGUUGGAAUAUCCCUCUUUGAAAAUGCAGCUGACGCGGCUUCUCAACACUGGGGAAUUGCAGUUGGAACAAUAUUGAUGUUAACAUUGUACUCUCAAAUACUCGUUAACGUACCAUUCCCGAUACUGAUGUAUCGCAAAGGCCAAGGAAUAAAGCUCGUGUGGUUCGAAUUAUUCAAAUUGUUCCCGGUAUUGCUAACGAUAAUAGUCAUGUGGAUAAUCUGCACGAUUUUAACUGUGACCGAUACUCUACCAGUUGGUCAUCCAGCUAGAGCAGACAGUAAAUUGAAGAUCAUCUACGAUUCUCCGUGGUUCAGGGUACCUUAUCCUGGCCAAUGGGGUACGCCAACUGUUUCUUUGUCCGGUGUGCUUGGAAUGUUAGCAGGUGUAUUAGCAUGCACAGUGGAAUCUAUCAGUUAUUAUCCAACAACGUCCAGAAUGUGCGGCGCUCCUCCGCCUCCAGUUCACGCGAUUAAUCGAGGAAUCGGUAUAGAGGGACUUGGUACGAUGCUGGCUGGCCUUUGGGGCAGCGGAAAUGGAACGAACACUUUUGGAGAGAAUGUGGGAACCAUAGGCGUUACCAAAGUCGGCAGUCGUAGGGUGAUACAGUGGGCUUGUGCUCUGAUGAUACUUCAGGGAUUGAUUAGCAAAUUUGGCGCAGUCUUCAUCAUCAUCCCCGAGCCGAUAUAUUAAAAUAUAUCUGAAAUUCUAAAAGAAAAAGAAAUGAAAAUAAUGAAAAGAAUUCAGAAGAUAACAUUUUUUUUUUUAGGUCUCUCCGCGUUGCAGUAUAUAAAUUUAAAUUCGGCGAGAAAUUUGUAUAUUCUUGGAUUCUCUAUUUUCUUCCCACUGGUUUUGUCAAAGUGGAUGAUCAAUCACACAGGCGUGAUACAGACUGGAAAUGAUAUAGUCGACGGUGUGAUUACCGUGUUACUUAGCACGACUAUUUUAGUGGGGGGUGUGGUUGGGUGUGUGUUAGAUAAUAUUAUACCCGGUACACCUGAGGAUCGUGGACUAAUUGCGUGGUCGAAGGAAAUGGAACUAGAUACUGGUGGUGAUGAGAAAGAGGAUCAAGAAUAUAUACCUAAUACGUUCGAUUUUCCGUUCGGUAUGAAAGUUUUACGAAGAUGGAAAUGGACAUACUACGUACCAUUUUUACCGACUUAUAAGCCUGGAAUUUACUCGUGUGGACAGAAAAAACAAUGAGUACCACUCUGGUUUUACAUUACUUGUUAAUGUAUUGCUAAUCAUAUCGAGGAAACUUGCAAAG